CGGUGCAACAAGGACGCGGACGCGACUGCGCACAAGUCAUGCGUACAAAUUCGGCUAGAACUUACAACUCGAACGAGUUGAAAAUUGUCUUCGAAGAAGCAGGUACGGUGUAGAAUUUUUGAAUUGUUCUAAAGUAUUUUGAAGAACUUUGGCGAUGUCUGACGACGAAAAAGUUGUGCUUUCGACAGGCGAAAAGAAAAAGGGAAUUUUCAACAGCCUUAAGAGGAAGAAGAAGGGUAGGAAGAAUUUUCUGUCGCGUUCGCUGACGCAUAUAAGCGAAAUGAGAUCCUCAAGUCGAAGAUCUGUGAAUUUCGACCUGAGACAAGACAAAACUCAUGUGCUGGCAAAUAUAACUCAUUCUGAUGAAAAAUUUGUAUCUCAAACAUCUGAUAUAGGCCAUACGCCUGAGAGCCCAAGUUCUCGUCCAGCGAACCUUGUGUUCGACGGAGAAAGUUCUCAGGAAUUUGGUCCGGGCUCGACGGCUGCAUCAGUUGCAAAAACCGGCAAAUUUGCUUUCUUCGCUCUGAUGGUGGAGCUCAAAGAAGGCAUUAAUCUUGCUGCCAGAGAUAAAACAGUUGAUUAUCAUAUUCAAUUCUUUCACGACAAACCAUAUACUAAAACCAUCACAAGAACACCAGGUACUAGUGAUCCAUACGUGAAGUUCAAGGCCGAUGGUAAACAGAUAUAUAAAAGCCGUACUAUACCCAAAAAUCUUAAUCCUCAAUGGAAUGAAAAAUUUUGUGUGCCAAUCGAGGACAUCAGCAUGCCGUUGGUUAUCAAAGUCUUUGAUUUUGACAGAGUUAGCAGUGAUGAUCCUAUGGGUACGGUGGUAGUCGACCUAUCAAUGAUCGAGGUCAAUAAACCCCGUAAUCUAACUUUGGACCUGCAGAACGCAAAUGGAACAAAUGAAAAACUUGGCCAGAUUACCGUCAUCUUUACAUUGACACCAAAGACUAGUGACGACCGCCAAGAGUUGAUUCGAAAGGCAAACCAACGGAGAGCCACCCAGUCAAAAGAAAGCGGUAAAGCUAUACAAAAAGACGGCAUUGUGUCAGUAACACUAGUGGAAGGGAAAAAAUUGAUCGCUAUGGAUGACAAUGGUCUCAGUGAUCCGUAUUGUCGAUUUAAACUCGGCAACGAAAAGCACAAAAGUAAGGCCUGCAAAGAUACUCUCAAUCCGCAAUGGAAAGAACACUUUGAUCUCAAAUUUUUCGUUGACACUGACAUGAUUUUGGAAGUGAGCAUUUACGACCGCGAUAUCAGAAAAGACGAAUUUAUGGGAAGAGUCAGUAUCGACCUCAACAAGUACGAACGCGAAAGGUCUCAUAAGAUAGAGGCAAAACUAGAAGAUGGUGCUGGCGUAGUAGUAAUGUAUGUUGCAGUUACCGCAAUUGACAUUCCUGGCUGCGAGUCUGACCUAAACUCCUAUAUCGAACAACCAAACAGACGCGAAGAAAUCGAAAAACAGUACAGUCUCAAGAAAACUGGAAAGAACAUAAAAGAUAUCGGGUGGUUGCAAGUGAAACUACAUCGUGCUGUCGGUUUGGCUGCUGCGGACAUUGGUGGAACCAGUGAUCCGUUUGCUAUCAUUGAAUUGAACAACGCUCGCCUUGUUACUCCAACUAUUUUCAAAUCUUUAAAUCCGCAGUGGGAAAAAGUUUAUGAGUUCAAUGUAAAAGACAUUCAUGAUAUGUUAGAGAUUGGUGUGUUCGACGAAGACAAGCGUGGAUCACCCGAUUUGCUUGGAAAAGUUGCUAUUCCCUUGUUACAGAUAACUCCCCGUGAAAAGCGCAUGUACCAGUUGAAGGACAAGACCCUUGAGAAGCGAGUUAAAGGUCAUUUAAUUAUGACAUUAGAUGUCAUCUAUAAUCCAAUCAAGGCUGCUAUCAGAACAAUAAAUCCUCGCGAACCCAAAGUUUUGUACGAACCCCCGAAGUUCAAAAGACAGCUGCUUCAAAGAAAUAUUGAUCGAAUUGGAAAAAUUGGUGCUAGUGUUGCUUCCACGGGAGCUUUUGUCGCCUCGCUCUUUACGUGGCAGUAUAAAUUUCGAAGUGCAUUUGCUUUCCUUGUGUAUAUCAUGUUGGUGUUAAACUUCAGUGUUUAUCUAUUCACUCUUGGCAUUCUCCUCGCUUUUCUUAAGCAGUACGUCGUCCAUGUGCUUCUUUCUGAAAGAAAUGUUAGUCCAGAGGAUCAGGAAGGACCUCCUCAAGAUGAAGAUGACGACGAUGAUGACGAUGAUGAAGAUAUGAAAAAGAAAGGAGAUAAGGGGAAGAGUUUUAAAGAAAAGAUGGCAAUGAUAACAAGUUUGUGUCAGACAAUUCAAAACGCCUUAGACAACGUCGCUUCACUAUUGGAAAGAGUAAAAAACUUGUUCAAUUGGACCGUUCCAUUUGUUUCAACGAUAGUUUGCGUUGCGAUGACUGGAGCAACUGUCCUAUUGUACUUCGUACCUAUCAAGUUCGUUUUACUUGCGUAUGGGAUUAACAAAUUCACGAAGAAAAUACGAAAGCCGAACGCGGUGGAUAAUAACGAACUAUUGGAUCUUUUGUCAAGACUGCCUUCUGAUCCACAAAUUAAGGAGCAAAAGCUUUUGAAGACCGACCCAGCUUUGCGUCUAAAGCGUCUAGAUCCUUAAUUAAUCUCAUUGAUCUUACAAAAAUGCAAAAUUUCAACAAAGCUCAACAAUUUUGUGGAAGCAUCUACUUAUGGAAACAACUUGUCUAUUUACUGUAGCAAGUAACAAGUGUGUAAAGAUUGGUCAUGCGUGCGUUUUUAACACGGAAGUAAAAUGAAAAAGCUUCUCCUUAAACAUAAAUUUCAGAAUCGCACUAUCAAUAAAUGUUCACAAAAGCGACAGCUUUCAAAAACCGUUUUUUAAAUUUUGAUUUUUCCAUUUCCAAGCUCAAAAUUUGACAUUAUGUUAUCUCAUACAAUUUAACCAACAAUUGGCAUUUGGUGAUUGAAGGGAUUUCUCUAUACACUUUCUUUCACGACGUAACAACCUGGUUUGCUGUAAGUUAAGUGUUGUACUUUUUCGAAUUUUUUGCUAACUUUAUUUUGAGAUUUAUGUUGGAAGGAAGAUAGAGAUCUUUGGCAUAAUUGUCAUUGUGUAUUGAAAUUAGCAAAUUUUAUUUAGUAUUGGAGUUAUUUAAUUGCUGUCAUGUAUUGCAUAACAUUGAUUUAUAUGAUUAGUUUUAUUGUACGUAUAGUGUAAAUAACAGUAAAGAUAGGGGAUUAGAUAUAUUUAUUUGGUUAUGGUAUGCAAUACUUUUUUCUCGCUUUUCAUUUUACAAGCAUACUAGCAAGUGGUGACUAAAGAGGCCUUUACAAUCAUGUAUGUGAUUGAUUUUCCGAAAUAAAAGUAACUGCUUGCAAA